AUGCGCCGUGGAAUCGCCGUCCAAGUUUGGGACAACCUUCGCAGUGAUGAGGCACUCGAAGUUUGGAGACCCAAUCAAGGUCCCAAAGUCGUGCCCGGCAGAUUAGAGCGCGCACUUGCUGCCUUUGACAUGUUUGUCAUCCAGGACGACGUUUCAAGGCUUCUCGACAACCUCGCAGCCGACUUCCGGAGUUGCCACCACGAAUUCAACAGUCUUUGCACUCGGGAAAAGUCCUUGGCUCUGAAUCGCUGGCUCAGAUCCAAUAACCUCACCGGUAUGAUUGACCCAGAGACUAACUAUCGCAAUUUGCGAAACUGUCUCCUCGGCCACGCGCUACGAAAUGAGGCCCACCAGUCACUUCCGAUGGUCUCAGCAGCCAUUUUCUGCUGUGUCGGCGAGAGGCUGGGAUUGAAUGCCCACUGCUGUGCCCUGCCAGGCCAUGUGCUUGCGAUGGUCUUUGCGACGCCGGGAUUCACGUUGGAUGGCUCCAGAGUCGCGGAUGCGUCAAGACAUCUUGAGAGGAUGUACUUGGAUCCUUACGGGGGUGAUGAGGAGUUCAACAAGGAAACACUACGACAAUUCAUCGCCCAGGUCGGAUGGCAUAGUCUAGAUGUCGAAACAAUGGCCCCGGCAGCCGUUUCAACCAUGAUUGGCCGGCUCGCACACAAUAUACGACAUACCAAUCUUGUUCUCACGUCUCAGGAGGUAUCAGUAGAGAGAUUGGCUGGACUGGAGGCUGGGACUGCUCUUCAGAACCUGGAGCUAUCCGUCUACGCCGCCGCAUGGGCGACAACUCUACUGGAUCCCGAUGCAUUCGUUGACGUGACAUCGCAUUUCGCACUACGAUUCAACUCGCUACGCUUCGACGACGCUUGGUUGGUGGAAAAGAUUUACAUUACUCGGCCUCAACCGCACGGCGAUGUAUUUCUUGCUGCUCCGAACCCCGAAUACAUACUUCGCCUCGUUCGCCGGGCAGACGAGCAGCAGCCUGUGUUCCGUGACUCGCAGAUGAACUUGGAGUAUAAGAUCGGUAAUGUUGUGCGGCAUGGCAGAUACGGGUUUGUCGGGGUUGUGAUCGACGGGGAGAUGACUCCCCAUGGAUCGGUCCUGUAUUACAGGUUAUUAACUCCUCCAAACAUGCAAGGGACUUUUUCUUUGGUCAAGGCCUCAAGUCUUGAGCUUGUGCGCGAUCAUGAAGAGGCAGAAGCAGCUUUGUUCCCCGACACCGGGUUAUUCUUCAAGCGAUUCGAUAGGGAAAGGUGCACAUUCAUCCCGUCCAACAACGAGAUGGUCUAUACGCCAUUAUAA